UUUGUUCAGUUAUACUCCAUAUAUCAUUUUAUUAACUUUUCUUAAUAUUCAUGACAAGUUCAAUUUAAAGAGGUGGUAGGCUACAACGGCGGACCCCACCUACUGCACCGGCGGCAUACACAGUGGUCCGCUAUCUGCCAAUCUGAUUUUGCUAUCUGGGUAAAUCCCUGUCAUGUCAUGAUUUAGGCCUAAACUGUCCAAUUUAGGGUACUUUUAAUGUUGAAGAAAUGUUUGUCAUUGUAAGUCGCUUUGGUAAAAAGUGUCUAGGCCUGUAACAAACGUAAAAGACUGUUAUGAUCCGAAAUAAACCAGACCACUAUUUUUCAUAUUUUGUUAAAGGGUGUUCUAUGCUUGGAAUGCUGGAAUAGUAGGCUAACUUCCUGUUGUCCUCCCCUUUAAGAAGUCCUUCCAUCUAUGCAGUAAUCUAUGCGUCUUCCUAAAAAAAAAAACAACCAAUAAAGACUCAUAUGGCCACUCUGUUGCCAAUCGUCUGCGCUUUUCAGAGGAGGCGGGACUGUUUGCAACAUUUUGUCCGCAGUGACCUCUGGGUCUGCUUCCUUACCUUUAAUUGUAAUUUAUGUCAGCCUACGGAAAGCCAUUACCACGACGGGUUUAGCUUCAGUCUUCACUGUCUGUCCUUUUCACCGUGUUGCAACUAGCCGUCUCUCGCCGUUGCUGAAAAUGGCGUUACUUACUCCUCUAUUCGCGUUUCUUUAUCACUUGCCACUGGUAUACAAAUGGUUGUUAAAGCCGUAUUAUAUCGCCUCCUUGUUUAUGUCACUUGCUUUCUUGAUGAUCCGCAAGACCCCAGGCAUCUGCGAACACCUAUCGUCUACACGAGAGGAUGGGAACUCCUGCGACUUUGACUGGAGAGAAGUGGAGAUUCUCAUGUUCCUCAGUGCAAUCGUCAUGUUGAAGAACAGAAGAGCAAUAACAGUGGAACAACACGUUGGAAACAUCAUCCUCUUCAGCAAGGUGGCCAAUGUCUUUUUGUUCUUCAGGCUGGAUAUUCGUAUGGGCCUGCUCUACCUGACGCUCUGCAUUGUGUUUCUCAUGACGUGUAAGCCACCACUGUACAUGGGCCCCGAGUACAUUAAAUACUUCAAUGACAAGACCAUAGAUGAGGAGCUGGAGAAGGACAGCCGUGUGACCUGGAUUGUGGAGUUUUUCGCCAAUUGGUCUCCAGAGUGCCAGUCCUUUGCAGCUGUCUAUGCAGAUCUGUCACUGAAGUACAGUUGUGCUGGUCUCAAAUUCGGAAAAGUGGACAUUGGUCGAUAUGGAGAUGUGUCCAAGAAGUACAAGGUGAGCACAUCUCCUCUAUCGAAGCAGCUGCCCUCCCUGGUCCUUUUCCAGGGAGGCAAAGAGGUCAUGAGGCGCCCUCAAGUGGAUAAGAAGGGAAGGGCAGUUUCCUGGAGCUUUACUGAGGAGAACAUCAUUAGGGAGUUUAAUAUGAAUGAACUCUAUCAGAUGUCCAAGAAGCUCAGCAAGAGUAAGGGUGACAAGAGUGAGAAGGCCAACGAGUCCCAGUUCCCACCUGUGCCUGAGGAGGAGGAGCCUGAGGCUGAGGCCAAUGCCCAGGAGGUGGAGACAGAGUCCAAGAAGGACAAAUAGGAGGCCAAACUUCUCUUGAAUGUUGUGAUAAUCGCCACAGGACUGGCUGGUAUUAUUCAAGAAGUAUUGAGUGAAGUGAGUGAACUUAGCGGUACAUACUGGAAACAUGCUAAAGAUUGUGUUUUUUUCUUCUUUUUUUCCAUUGUAUAAAUUGCGAAUUGCAAUUUAAUUGCAAAACAAGUUUUUUUAAAGUAUAUUAAUACAUUAAUUUAAAAUAGUCCCUCCAUGACAACUCCAGUUCUGCAUAACGUUUCUUCACUGGACCUCUGUAUAAUAAUAUAACUAACUUUUCUUUUUAAUGAGUAGGCAUAAUUUAAGAUAAUCUAAUGAAACAUUUCACGCUUUCUACCUCCGGUAGCAUGAUUAAUUGUGGUUGUAAAAAAAAGAAAUCCUUAACACAGUUGAAUUGAACAAGACUACAAGCAGAAGACUACUGUUUAUUAUUUACGUGAUACCACAGGUCAUGUUCCUUGUUUUUUUGUGUAAGUUUUGUGUGUUUUUUUUUUUGUUACAUCUGCCUACUGGCAUUACUGAGAUUGUUUCUUCUCAUACUGAAAAGGGACAAGGACAUAGAUGAUUGGGGGUGGUAUUUUAGUAUCACAACCCUGAAUCCAUGGUUCUGCCUAGAUAUCUAACACUCCAGUCAUUCCACAAGGGUCCUGGUGACUGUCAUUCCUGAAGCAGGUGGCAAGUUUCAUAUUUUUUUGGCUGCCAUCAGACUUUCUGUUUCCCCUACAACCAGGAUAAAGUUCUUUUUUGUCAUAUUGUGCACAUUUCCUCCAAGGUGGUCCAGACCUGAAAACACUGAGGUCUUGAGUUGUUUUUAGCUUACAUGUUUUUCCAUUAAGCCAUUAUAUCAUUGUUACCAUUAUUUAAAUAAACCUUCAUUUUCUGUCACAGUCCUCAGGAUGGAUAAUAUCAGGUGGUUGAAUACAGCUGAUUGCAACUCCCCUCCCUCAUGAUACAGGUUACUGUGGUGAUGGAAUUCCUGCGGUCAACCUGUACUUAUUUGUGCUUUGUAUAAGUGAGCCUUGCCUUUAAAAAAAAAUAAGAUAAAAAAAAAAAACUUGAUUCAUUGUCAGUUCUUUUCACCCAUCUUGCUCUGUGGUGACUGAAGAUGUAAAAAUGUUUUGUUUCUCAUAUCAAAUAAAACAACAUGCGUAACUUCA